CUAUCUACGCGCUGUAAAAUUUCAGUUGAAAUGCAACCGUUUGCGAGUUUUGCCGGCGAUUUUUAGGUAUUUAAUGCAUUUUCCGUGCGUGGCUGUGUGUAUGUGUAUAUAUUUAGCUGUUAUUAAUUACUGUUGCUUCUUUGUGGAUUAAGUACAUUUGUGUGCGCUACGCUUAAGUGCAAUAAAAAACAUUGUGUUCAUAAUUUGCACUUUAAUUAUUAUUUUGCACACGCACACCUCGCUAGUGGAGAAAUUCAAAAGCCAAAAGAAAAACCGACGUGAAAGUGGCAAAAAAGUAGUAUUGAAAUUAAAUAAAUACACGCAUAUACAUAAAGGCAAUAAAGCAGCAAGAUAAACAAGGGCAGAGAAACUUCGUCAGCCGCGGCAGCAUAAACAGUAACGCGAAUCAACAACUCAGCCACCACAUACAUUGUGGUAUAUUUGGCUCAACGUGCUAUACAUCGCCACAGUUUCGUUUGCUCCUUUUAUUUUGUCUGCUUCACAAGAAUAUUUGCUGUCAUUAACGCUGACGUCGACGUCGAAGUUAACCGAUUGUACAUUGCAGUAACCGCAACGCUUAAUAUAUGAAAUUUGAUUAUUGUUCUUUUUUUUUUGUUGAGUACGUUGAAUCAGCCCGUAUACGCUGAUAAAUUGCAAUAAAACGUCGCGGUUAUUACACGUUCUGUUUUCUUUCAUUAUCGAAGAAAUAUACGUACAAAUUAUUGACUGUGUAAAUAUAUGUAAAAAAUAUUUAAAAACAUCUAUUGAAAAGGAACGAUAAAGGACAACUAUCGUCUUAGAAAUUCAAGCAAAAUGUCUGAUACCAAAUCGUUCUCGAGUAUUGAAACACCCGGCUAUGUCGGCUUCGCCAAUCUGCCAAAUCAGGUACACCGUAAAUCGGUGAAAAAGGGCUUCGAAUUUACGUUGAUGGUUGUCGGCGAAUCGGGUCUGGGCAAGUCAACAUUGGUAAACAGUUUGUUCCUAACAGAUCUGUAUCCGGAGCGCGUGAUACCGGAUGCCAUCGAAAAACAAAAGCAGACUGUGAAAUUGGAGGCAUCCACUGUUGAGAUUGAAGAGCGUGGCGUCAAGUUGCGCCUUACGGUUGUCGAUACGCCCGGCUUCGGUGACGCAAUCGAUAAUUCGGAUAGUUUCAGUGCCAUAUUGCAGUACAUAGAUGAGCAGUAUGAACGCUUUUUGCGCGAUGAGAGCGGACUCAAUCGCCGCAAUAUUGUGGACAAUCGUAUACACUGCUGUUUCUAUUUUAUAUCGCCUUUCGGGCAUGGCCUCAAACCACUAGAUGUGGAGUUUAUGAAGAAGUUACACUCAAAAGUGAAUAUAGUGCCUGUGAUCGCUAAAGCCGACUGCCUCACCAAGAAGGAGAUUCUGCGCCUCAAAUGUCGUAUUAUGCAAGAGAUCGAAGAUCACGGCAUUAAAAUCUAUCCACUUCCCGAUUGUGAUUCCGAUGAGGAUGAGGAUUAUAAAGAGCAAGUGAAACAGCUGAAAGAGGCUGUGCCAUUUGCGGUCUGCGGUGCGAACACGUUGCUCGAGGUUAAGGGUAAAAAAGUGCGCGGCCGCUUAUAUCCGUGGGGUGUUGUCGAGGUGGAGAAUCCCGAGCACUGUGAUUUCAUUAAAUUACGCACAAUGUUGAUCACCCACAUGCAAGACUUGCAAGAGGUUACCCAGGAGGUGCACUAUGAAAAUUACCGUUCUGAGCGCUUGGCCAAGGGCGGACGCAAGGAAAAUGGCAUGAAAGUCGAGCGAGAUUCCAUGAUGCCAGCGCAAAUUGUAGCCAGCAGCGUUAUAACGGAGAAAGAUCGAAUACUACAAGAGAAAGAAGCUGAACUGCGACGCAUGCAAGAGAUGUUGGCACAAAUGCAGGCGAAAAUUCAAGCGCAACAGUAGAGUUAUGUGACACAUGUAGUAUAUACAUGCACACAUAUAUAGAGUAAAGCAGGUGUAAACAAUGAGAAGGAAAGAAGUAAAAAAAAUUAUCACAACAACUAAAGCAGCAGUAACAAUAAGAUUAAUAAAACAUACAUAUGCAAUAAAAAAUAUGAAUUCAUGCGAAAUUAUCACGAAUUAACUGCUCUUGCUGCUUCCGUUUGCCCGGAGAUAAGGCAAAGCACGGCUCAGCAUUGCAUUCCUAUUAGUCACAAAAUUACAGCAAAAUGCAUAAAAAUGCAAAAAAGAAAAGACAAAGCAGUGCUUGUAUGAAAUGCUAUCCACAAACAUACCAACAAAAUGAGCAUUAGUUAUAUGCUCUAAUAACGUUUAAUUUUCUUGUUACAUGUAAACAUUUGUGUUACAAAUCUUACAAAUAUUUUUACACAUUUCCUCUCAUUUAAGAAGUUCUCGAUAUUUUUUCGCAAACCUUUUAUCUUUAUAUAUUUACAUAGAAACGAAAUUAUUGGGUAUUAUUUUAAGUUUGAUUAGAAUGUAUCUUAUUCAUAAUACUAUAUUACCAUAUAUGUAAAAGAUAAACCAUUUAUGUUUAGUUUGUGCUUAUUUUGUAAUCUCUUGUAUUGUUUUCAUGCUGAAAAUUAGUCUUUACCUUAUACACACAUACGAGGGUAUACCGAUAAGUACAUUUAGUCUCACCGAUAUACAACUACAUAAGGAAAUGAGAGUAAAGUAAAGUAGAAAAAGAAAUGAGCAGUGAAGCAAAAUACUUAUCGUUCUGUCCUCGUACACACAAACACAAAUAUAUAUUUUUGUAAUGUUUAAUAUUACGUACAUAUAAUGAAUAUAAAUUGACUUAAUUGAUUGAGUAAAAAAAAAAAUACUGAAAAGUAAAAAAAAAAGGUUACAUAUUUGAAAGGAUAAAUACGUACACAAUUACAUUUCACGAAAAAACUACAGGGUCACUGUUAAGACAUAAAGUACUCAAGAAAGCUCCAAAAGUUGUUGAAUUUAUUUCAAAUAGUUAGUUUGGAAUAUAUAUAUAUUUAUAUAUAGUGUUUAGGCAUCUUUUAAUAGACAUGCAGAAAAAUUAAUACACACACACACCGUGAAACACAUUCUAAAUUUUGCUCACAACUAAAAAAGAUAUGUAUUGUAUAUUGAAAUUCACUCAGUAUAUAUUCAUGUAAUCUAAAUAUACAUAAGUAAUCGAUUACUAAGUACUCUAUGGUUUAAAAAAAUCGAAAAAUAAUGAAUCUAACAACCAUGCAUCCUUACGUCUCCUCGCACUUUUCAAGUCCUACUUUUGUUAUAUACACGCAAACGCCUAUCGGCUACACCAGUUCCGCCCGUACACCUUUUGUAUGCAUUUGUCACAAUUCAGCUUAUAUUUGGUGCUCAAUUGAAUGCGACAAUGCACUUUAGGUGCUUGUAGGUUGCUUAAUUAGCCUUAUCGGAUAUUCCUUUUACUAAAAAAAAAAA